AUGAAGUACCUCGCACUCAGCAGUUAUCUUUUCCUAUCUUUAGUUGUAGUCAGAGCUCACAACAUCUCGUCGGCUGAUGAUGCCACCACCACCUUACCUGCUGACGCUGCCAACUACACCUCACUUUCUCCUGAGAGCAUACCCGCGCAAGCCAACCAGACCACUUCAGUAGCUCAGUCUGUCAGCACUGAAACCACCACCGAUAGCGUUGCGGUCGAUGACAGCGCCAACAACUGGUCGAAUGAUGAUACUACCGCUCAAAACACCUCACCUGCUGAUGCUGGCAACAACACCUCCCUACAGGGCACAUGCGUGGCCGCCAACAUGAACGACACAGCAGUCAAUGUAACCAGUUAUGAAAUCACCUACGGGAACGAUUCGGUUCAAGACGUCAGUAAUAACGCAUUAUGCAGUACGACAGUCAUCAACGCCAGUUUCUCAGAUUGGGAGGCUAGCAACCUCACGACGACCGUCGAAGUGAAUCAAACACUCACCCAUCAAGUCAUGAAUCACACACUAUGUUAUAAUUAUUUCCUUGAGAAAGAUGGUUGCGUCCAAACCUCUACUGACCGACCGUGUAGCAGUAAUACCACUUCUGGAAAUACAGCAAACUAUAUUGGAACUUUUGAAACUCGACCCUCAAGAAGACGACUUGGACGUCGCUAUGAUAGUACCAAUGGAUCACUUAGCAUAAAUGGCGGAGAUGGGAUCUGCGGUCCCUACAACACUGACACCACGUCAGGUGUAUGUCUAUGGUCUGGAUCAAACUGGGUCGAUGGAUCAGACCCUCAGACAGCCGGAUGGUUAAACGGUGCUGCGACUGGUAACUGUGGAAAGCAAGUUUACAUCCAACGUCAAAAUCAACCCGAAACUGUUCAAUAUGCUCCAGUGUUAGAUGGCUGUAAUUUCUGGACCAGGCAACCAGAGGUGGGAUGCUUCCAAAUCUGGAUGACAAAGGAUUUAUUCGAUAAAUUUUCUCCAACUGAAGAAGAAAGUCAAAACUUGCUAAUAAGUUCAACUUUCACUUGGGAUUUUGACAACCUUCAUGGUCAAUCACCUCAAAAUGCUCCAUUGUAA